CAACACAGCACCGCGCAACGACAAAGCACAGGUGCUGGUCUCGCAAUGUUCCGCAACACGUAUGACAGCGAGAACACAGUGUUCUCUCCCCAGGGACGCUUGCACCAGGUCGAAUAUGCCCUCGAGGCAGUCAAGCAAGGCAGCGCUGUCGUCGGACUUCGCUCCAAGACGCAUGCCAUCCUCGUCGCACUGAAACGUGCCCCUUCGGAGCUUGCUUCAUACCAAAAGAAGAUGCUCCGCAUCGACAACCACGUCGGUAUGGGCUUCGCCGGUCUGACCUCUGAUGCCCGCGUCCUGUCCAACUACAUGCGCCAGCUGUCCCUGUCGAGCCGCGUCGUCUAUUCUCGGCCCAUUCCCCUGUCCCGACUCAUCUCGGCUCUCUCUGACCGUGCCCAGCUCAACACGAUGCAGUACGGCAAACGCCCCUACGGUGUUGGUUUCCUCGUCAUCGGCGUCGACGGCACUGGCCCCCACCUUUACGAGUUCAGCCCGACGGGCAACUGCUUCGAGUACUACGCAAUGGCGCUGGGUGCCAGGAGUCAGAGCGCAAAGACGUUCCUUGAGAGACGGCACGAGACGUUUGCAGAAAUGAGCCUCGACGACCUUGUGCUGCAGGGCCUGUACGCAUUGAGAGACACGCUCCAACAAGGAAAGGACCUCGAGCUUGACGCCAUUUCCCUGUCCAUCGUUGGCCCACACGCAGACGCAGACUCCAAGUCGCCCGAAUCGAGAAACGCAGAAAAAUUCAAGAUCGUUGAGGGAGAGGAUCUCAAGCACUGGUUGAACCGACUGGAGCCGAGACAGUCGCAGGCACCGACGGGUACCGGUGACACAGCGCCGGGCGGCAACGCCACGGUGGGCGAGGUGGAGCCAAUGGAAGAGUAAAGCUACACACACACACAC